AUGAAAAUGCUGCACUGUGGCGCGAUCUCGGGGAACAUAGACCGAACCAAGGCUGCUGCCGCGUGCGCCGGAGGCACCACCGGCACGACACCGCCCGUGCACGAUCUCAACGUGCCGUACGAGGCAACAUCCGAGGAGUACGCCACCCCGACCGCUGACAUGCUGUUCCCGCCGACACCAUUGCAGACCCCAAUCCAGACUCCUCUGCCAGGGACAGACACAGCGAUGUACAACAUACCCACCGGCCCUUCCGGUUAUGCCCCAUCACCGAUCAGCGAUAUCAGGAACGGGAUGGCGAUAAAUGGGGCAGACCCAAAAGCUGGCCGUCCAAGUCCCUACAUGCCACCACCUUCCCCAUGGAUAAAUCAGAGGCCGCUGGGCAAUGAUGUGAAUGUCGCUUAUGUGGAAGGCCCUGAAGAUCUGGACAGGGGCAUGCAGCCGCAGCCACUGACUCAGGAUUUUUUGAUGAUGUCUUCUGGAAAAUGCAAGAGGGAUGAGUAUCCUGGUCAGCUCCCUUCUGGUUCUUUUGUACCACAGCAAGAUGGAAGUGCUGAUCAGAUAGUAGAAUUUGCUGUGUCAAAGGAAAAUGCAAACCAACUUUGGAGUUCCAUCAUCAACAAGCUUGAAACACCAACCAAGACAAUCACUCCAGUUAUUCCCCAGUGUGAUGGGAUUCAAGAUGACUACAAUGAUCAAUUUUUCUUUCCAGGAGUUCCAACUGAAGAUUAUAAUACCCCUGGAGAAUCUGCGGAGUAUCGAGCUCCUACACCUGCUGUUGGAACACCAAAACAAAGAAAUGAUGCUGGAGAUGAGGAUGAUGAUGAACCUCCUCUUAAUGAAGACGAUGACGACGACGAGUUAGAUGACCUUGAGCAAGGGGAGGAUGAACCUAACAACAUCUUGUACUUGCACAAUUUGACAAAGUAG